ACCUAUACAUUCCUUCUAUUACGCAAUUCGCAUUCAAUUCUACAGCCUCCCACUUCUCACUUCUCCCUCCUCAUUUCCUUCUUACGCAUUUAGGUCCUCGUCAAUUCAAAACCAACCACCCAAUAUGCCUCGAAGACGCCAGGACGGAAAGAAACCCCAGCGACACCAGGCCAAAGCAAAGCGCCUGCGAGAGCUCAUCCCGAGGGUCGGCUUCGACCUGGCGGACAAGAAGUGCCGAGCGAAGCUCUCCGGCGUCGACUCGGCGAAAGUGAAAGAGCACAUCCGUGCAUUCACCAGGGACCUAAACAAGAGCCUAGUCGAUCAGGCUCUAACCUCGAUCUUCGAGCCGGCCAUCGCGGCCAUGAAGCAAGACCCGGAGAAGAUCGCCGACACAACCCCCGGCGAGUACUGGGGACUGGUGCGAAGGGAAAUCCCCUGGAUCAGGGACAGUGACCUCACCAGUCACGCCAUUUACGAGCUCGUGGUCGCCCUAAUCAUCGCCCACGAGAAGUACGACGAGGCCUACCCGUACGACAGGUACAAGCACCAGUACGGGGCCUUGGCCCGGGCCGUACACGAGUUCGCCCAGCUGCUCAAGCAGCACCACGAGUCCAACUUCCUCAUCAUGGGGACUUACUUCAACAGCGCGAUGUCGCUGCCCUCGGACGAUGAGGAAGAGGACGAAGAGGAGGAGGAGGAGGGAGGGGGAGAAGGGGGGGAAGAGGAGGAAGGAGACGAGGAGAGGUUAAUGCGGAGAGUCCGGGGAAUGGACAUAUCCGAGGCGUGCGGGUCCGGAGCAAUGGACUUAGAUUAGAUCUCCUGUAACUUGCAUGAUGGAUUGAGUUAUGAAUGCGAAUGAAUUACAAGCAUACUCAUGUUUUAUGUUCUACUUAGAAGUGAGGCUCUGAUCGGAUGUAGUCGAAUUCCAGAUUAGGAAUGUAGAGGCGGGUGGAUAUCGUGGCGGUGGUGGUGGCUCAUAGAUAGUGGCUGGUAUCGCCAAGAACAUCGUCCCUCCAAUCCUAGCGGUUUGCGGGUUUUUCUGGGGCCAUGGCCUUUUCGGUAAAGUGUGGGUACUUCUACCUAGGUAUUCCCCCAACCGAAUGAGCCCGAGGUCCUACAUCGGGCCAUUGUACAACGUAUUGUGAAAGACGUGAUCGUUAUCUGCUCAUAAUG